AUGAAUCCGCUGAUAGCUGUCGUGGGCGCCACAGGCACAGGCAAGUCAAAGCUUGCAGUGGACUUGGCCUCUCGAUUCAAUGGUGAAAUCAUCAAUGGCGACGCAAUGCAGAUGUACCGCGGUUUGCCGAUCAUAACGAACCAGAUCCCGAUAGAGGAACGGAACGGUAUCCCUCAUCACCUCCUCAGUUGUAUCGACUUAGACGCGGAAGCAUGGCGCAUAGGACUGUUCAAACGAGAAGCCCUGAGAGUCAUUGAAGACAUCCACGCCCGUGGCAAGGUCCCCAUUCUUGUUGGUGGCACCCACUAUUAUACCCAAGCAGUGCUGUUCAAAGAACAGCUUGUGGGCGAGGGGGUGGACGACGAAGGCGAGCGGGAACAGCUCAUGGAGUUUAGCACAACCUCGAAUAAAUGGCCGAUUCUGGAUUCGUCGCCUGAAGUUGUCUUGGAGAAGCUGCGCGAGGUGGAUCCCGUUAUGGCUGCGCGAUGGCACCCGAGAGAUGCACGGAAAAUCCGGCGGUCAUUAGAAAUCUAUUUUCAGACAGGGCGGCGAGCAUCGGAGAUUUAUAAAGAGCAAUUCUCUCAAAAGAGAAAGGCGAUAGACCAGGAGGAAGGGCUGCUACGGUUCGAGAAUACAUUGGUAUUUUGGGUCCAUGCCGAGAAGGAGGUCCUCAACGCACGCCUGGAUGCGCGCGUCGAUGACAUGGUCAAGCAGGGCUUGAUGACCGAGGCGGAGAAGAUGUCGAACUACUUGCAGGAGAAAGCCUCGCAGGGAAUUGAAGUUGACCAAACACGGGGAGUCUGGGUGUCCAUUGGAUUCAAGGAAUUGGCGCCAUACUUCAAGGCUAUCCGGGACGGGGAAGCAAGCGAGAAAGAAAUCGAAGAUCUCAAACGAAACUCUCUUGAAUUAAUUCGGAUCGCCACACGACAGUACGGAACAUCGCAGGUCAAAUGGAUCCGCAAUAAACUCUGGCAAGCACUCACAGAAGUCGGAGAGACACGUCGUCUUUAUCUCCUAGACAGUUCCAAUGUCAGCGACUGGAGCAAGUGCAUCACUGAGCCGUCCGAAGAGAUUAUGCAACUGAUGCAGCAAAAUAAGCUGACCCCCGAUCCCAAAUCGCUUUCUCAGUUAGCAACGGCGGAGUUCAGCGCGAAGGAAGCCCAGGAAAAGCGUGUGCAGGCAGACCCUAUCGGGAAGUGCUACACCUGUGACGUCUGCCAGAAGACAAUGGCAUCCGAGGACCAGUGGCAUAUUCAUUUAAAUAGUCAUCAGCAUAAAAGGGGACUCAAGUCUGCGAGGAAGAGGGCACAGCGAGAUGAAUAUUUCCGAAAGAAGGAAUUGGAAGCUCAGGGGAUUCAGGCCCCUGAAACCGAACCUGGGUCAUGA